AUGUCUUUUUCGAGACGUCACUCAAUUAUUCAAUAUGAUUACUCUAUUGAUAACGUGAUGUUACAGCGAAUAAACCAAGUUGAAGAUUUAGGUUUUAUUUUUACUCCAACGUUAUCAUUUGCACCUCAUAUUGACUGGAUAGUAGGCAAAGCAUUGCGAUCAUUAGGGUUUAUUAGAUCAAUUGUAGAGUAUGGCUCUGUGGUAUGGUCUCCGAGGACCAAAUGUGAUAUUAUUCGAAUUGAACGUGUUCAGCAUCGUUUCUUAAGCAUGGUUUCUCGAUUUAUGGGCAUUAAUCAUGAACCCCAUGACUAUAAACCCGUCUUAAUAGCACUCAAUUUAUCCACCCUAAGCGAAAGAAGAAAUAUGAGUGAUAUUAAACUUUUAAAUGGUUUAGUCUCUGGUGUAAUUGACUCACCAGACUUGUUAUCUAGAAUAGGUUUUCGCAUUCCAGGUACAACCCGUUCUCGGGACCCCUACUACCUUGCUUCAGUGUCAAAAAAUUAUUUGGAUGAUGAUCCUUUAAGGAGAGCUAUGUCUUUAGUUAAUAGUCAAACUAGUUAA